CCCACAAAAUUAAACAUCAUCGGUUCCGUGGUAAACUUGAGGAUUGCAGUUGUUACGGGGGCCAACAAAGGGAUAGGAUUUGAAAUAUGUAAGCAGCUAGCUUCAAAUGGGGUGAAGGUGAUAUUAACUGCUAGAGAUGUGAGGAGGGGAAAUGAAGCUGUUGAAAAACUCAAGGUUGCUGGAUACUCCGAUGUGAUUUUUCAUCCACUUGAUGUGGGGGACAAGGCUAGCAUUUCUUCUUUUGCAAAUUGCAUCAAAACUCAAUUUGGGAAGCUUGACAUAUUGAUAAACAAUGCAGGGAUUGCUGGAUCCAUAAUCAACGCAGAAGAUCAAGAGGGCUUAAAACAAGGGUAUGAUGAAGUUGCAGGUGGAAAUCGCGGAUCCUUGGAGAAAGUUUUCAAGCAAACAUUCGAAACUGCCACGGAUUGUAUAAGAACAAAUUAUUAUGGGAUGAAGCUAGUGAGCAAAGAACUAAUUCCACUUCUUCAAUUAUCCAAUUCUGCAAGAAUAAUAAAUGUCUCCUCCUCCUUGGGACAGUUAAAGGUACAACAUUAUUAUAUUGUUAGAGAGUGCGUUUUAAAAAAAUUGCGGUUCGUUUUCAAAUCGUGGGUAAAAUGGUGCAUUUUUUUGAAUGCAUUAUUUUCAAAUUGAACGUUUUAAAAUAAUUAUUUUUUAAUUAGCACCUGUGACAUCACUUUUAGUGAUGUCACAUGUGCUAAUUAACAACAAUGGAA